AAUCAAUGAGAGAGGUAGAGGCAAACGAGCAGCUGAACAGCGGAGGUUGGUUAACUAGGCCGAUUGAGUAAAACACUUUAUUAUCGCAUGUCAGUGCAAUAUUGUACUGGCGAUCUUGGCCUAAACUGGUAGAGAAAAGGGUUUAGAAACUACAGCAAGUUUUUGCCCACAAAACUGAGACACGAUGGCGGAAGCUGUCAAAGUAAUUGUCCGGUGCAGGCCGAUGAACGCCAGGGAGAAGAGUUUAAACUGCAAGGUUGUAGUGAAAAUGGAUCCGUCUAUUGGUCAAGUCAGCAUUAUGAAACCGGAUGCACCGGACCAGCCUCCGAAGUCAUUCACAUUUGACGGUGUUUACUUCAUGGACAGUAUCACAGAAAACAUUUAUAAUGAGAUCGUGUUUCCACUAGUUGAGGGUGUAAUUGAAGGCUAUAACGGAACAGUAUUUGCUUAUGGUCAGACCGGGUGCGGAAAAUCAUUUACGAUGCAGGGAAUAACAGACCCACCUUCCCAACGAGGUAUAACUCCCCGUGCAUUUGAACAUAUAUUUGAAAGUGUGCAAACGGAGGAUAAUGCUAAAUAUUUGAUUCAUGCAUCCUACUUAGAGAUAUAUAACGAAGAGAUAAAAGAUCUAAUGGGAAAGGACCAUAAAGCGAAACUGGAUAUUAAGGAGCACCCGGAUAAGGGAAUUUAUGUGAAAGACCUUACCAUGGUACCGUGCCAUAGUGUGGAAGAUAUGGACCGAGUUAUGGAGCUCGGUGGUAAAAACAGACAUGUUGGAGCGACACUGAUGAAUGCAGACUCAUCUAGAUCUCAUUCUAUCUUCACAAUAUUUGUUGAGACCUGCGAAACCGGACCGGAUGGACAAGAACACAUCCGGGCUGGCAAACUGAACUUGGUAGACUUGGCUGGUAGCGAAAGACAGGCAAAAACUGGUGCAGCCGGUACCAGACUGAAGGAAGCAACAAAAAUCAAUCUAUCCCUCUCAGCGCUUGGAAAUGUCAUUUCGGCUCUGGUUGAUGGAAAGGCAAAGCAUAUUCCCUAUCGAGAUUCAAAGUUAACCAGGUUGCUGCAGGACUCUCUUGGAGGAAAUACCAAAACACUCAUGGCAAGCUGUAUAAGUCCAGCUGAUAAUAACUACGAUGAAACCCUGAGUACUUUACGUUAUGCAAACAGAGCCAAGAACAUCAAGAACAAACCAAAGAUCAACGAAGACCCCAAAGAUGCGCUGUUACGCCAAUACCAAAGUGAAAUCGAUGUGCUUAAGAAGAUGCUUAUGGGUCAAAUCGAAAUCAGCCCAGACCUUCUAGCAAGCCUUGGCAUGGCCGACCAGGUCCCUUCAGCAGCUGUGCCAUCUAGGCCUAUGAUAACACCAGCACCCCAUCAGCCAGAUAAAGAAACUGCCGAGAAAACCGACGCAUUGGCUGCAGAGGCGGAUAAAAUUCGAAAAGAAUACGAUGAGAAGUUGAGUAACUUGCAGAUGAUGUAUGAGAACGAGCAGUCAAGUAAACAGAAACUCCAAGAGGAUCUCGAUAAGCUCGAAAAGGAGUAUUCAGAAAAGCUCGACAGAGUACAGGAGGAAUAUGACCAUAUGACUGAAGCAGAACAGAUUAUCAACGAGUUUGAGAAGCAAGGCGAGCCAGCGAAGGUCAAACCUCCUGAUGAAAGUGAGGCUGCCGAGGAUGGUGAUGCGGAUGGUGCUGAAACGAUGGCAAAGUUGGAGGACGAAGAAGGCCAGGAUGAAGGUGCAAAGGCAUUUAAACCAAAAAAGGCGCAUGCUCCUUCGCUCAUACAGCAGAUUCAAAAAGAGGCACAGAAAGUACAAACUGAUGCAUUGAAAGGAAUCGGAUCUUUGAAAAACAAGCUUUCUGGUUCACAGCAAGAGCUGGCUGUCUCAGUCAGCAAAAAAGACGGACAGAUUUCAGAUCCAGACUUCCAUAUGCCCGAGCAAAAAGAUUCUGCGGUGGCACCAACAGGCGGGAAAAUUGGAGCUGUUGCGCAGCAGCUUCAAGAAGAAGCCUUGCGACGUUUGCAUAAUUUGCAAGAGCAGCUAGUGGGCGGAGAGAAAAGCAAUGAUCAAACACUGAAAGAGAAACGAAAGGCACGGAAACAGUACGCGCUGUAACGGGAGAAAAUGAUGAAGGCUGUCGAAAAAAUGGAAGAUGAUGGUAUCAUGGUUAAAGUUUACGAUAAUCUGCAAGAUGAACUCAAAGUUAAAAACAAGAAGAUCGAGCAGCUCAAUCAAGAACUUAAAGCUGCAGAAAUAGAGACGGAAGAUUUGCAGAGUGAGUUCGAGAGAGACAGGCAGGACUACUUAGACACGAUUCGGAAAAUGGAACAGACUAUUCAGCUCCAGAAACAGAUUAUGGAGAAAAUCCAGCCGUGUAUACGCCGCGACUGUAAUUACUACAACUAUGACAAAAUACGGAGCCAGUCUGAGUGGGAUGAAGGUUUACAGAAAUGGGUCAUUCCGGAUUUAAUCGUAGAAAAAACAGUGCUUCCUGGUGGAGUCGCUCCAGGGGGGCGAGGUGGUCUUGUCGGACAAAUGCCCCUACCUGUUAAGAAGUCUCCCAUUGACUUGACAAACGGUGAAGUUCCUUUGAAUUAUUUUGAGUCAAAUGAAGAGGACAAAUUUCGAAAACAUCUCGAUAAAAACGCAAACGAAGACUUCUCCGCAACAUAUUUCAAAUCCAAGAGAGCUGAUAAGCUACUCCAAGCCUCUUCUUCAAUUGAGCUGGUGCGAAAACGAGAAACAGAUUCACAACAGAGAAUUCGAAAUCAAGAACCUGCAAGUCAAGUGAACGGGUCAAUCACACCAACAGGAGGACUAAAAAACUCUUUACCUCGUAACCUCGAGCCAAUUCCGAGGCCAAUGAAAUUGGAAUCGUUGCCAGAAGCGGCAUUUAAAAAGAAAAAGAAAAAGAAAUAAGAAAACAAUUGUUUUUAGAAUUAAUCAUUUAGAAGGGAGGGAAGGAAAUCAUUUGAUUUAGUAUUUAACAGAGUAGGGUAGUUUUGCUAAAUAUUAAUAGUUGAUUUGUCCUGAAAACUUGAACUGUCGAGCUCUUUCUAUUUAAAUCUAUAUAUGAUUCAUUAAAAGCUUUUUUGAAAAUUUUCGAAUAACGAAAAUUUAAGCUUGGUGCUAUUUAGAAACGAUACAAGCCGUUGGUUUAGUAAAGAGUUGCAGUCGAUUGACAUAACCUCCAAUGAUACAAUCAAUAUUUAGAAUUCGUAGUUUUUUUUGCACUCUCAAAGAGAAAGAUUUUUAUCGUUUACUUUUCAAAAAUCGUUAAGUUAGCCAGAUAGAAGUUUACAGUGGAAGAAAGAUGACCUUAUUUUUCAUCGUGAUACACUUUAUAUCUACUUAGUUUGAUGUAAAUUCUCACUUAUGUAACUACCUUAUUUAUGGAUACGGUAAACAUGCUUUUAUCGCGAAAUACUUUGUUUCUUUGCUUUUGUUGUCAACUUUUGUGAGGGAGCUAUUGCAUCCACGCCGAUACGACUCAGUGGCAACGGGUGGGCUUGGAGACAAGGUCAUUUGAACAAUGGUAUUUCGAUUUCUGUGGCAACUUGAAAAUAUGCUAAGUUCUGGCACACGAAGAUUAAGUAUACGUUUUAAGCAAUAUCAUCAUCAAAAAUUAGGAAAAGUGACGAAAAAAGAAAUCGCGGUAAGCGAUUCAUAUAAAAUUCUUUGGGUAAGAAGACCAAUAAAACGAAAAAUUCCAUGAUAAGAAAACAUUUGGUCGCAUUGCCCCUACUAUCAAAGAGAAAGAGGUUCAGAUACUCCCUAUAUACCCCUAAACUAUUGGGGACAAACGAGACAAAGAUUGGGGAUUGGGCGGAUUUAACUUUUUUGCAUGUAUCCUUGGUACCUGCACAGUGGCAAAAAUUGAGCCUUUUUGCGGCGUUCUCGAGGUUCCUUUUAGAGCGGCCUUUUCCUUUUAUCAGAUUUUA